AUGAUGCGUUUUGCCAUAUUAAAAAAACUUAAAGCUAGACUACCAUGUAGAAUACCUCAAACAGCAAGCGAUAAAUCAAUUUCUUCAACUUCAAAUUUAAACGAAUCUUUUAAGGUUCAAGAUGUAAAAGAUUUUAAUGACAGAGUCAAAAACAGCAAAGUACCAGUUAUAGUUGAUUUUUUUGCUACAUGGUGUAAUCCGUGCAGAUUGUUAACACCUCGUUUGGAAACCGUAAUUGCCGAAAGAAAAGGAAAAAUAAUUUUAGCAAAAGUUGAUAUUGACGAAAAUACUGAUCUUGCUUUAGAUUAUGAAGUGGGUUCUGUACCUGUAAUUUUAGCCAUGGACAAUGGUGAAGUUGUUGAUAAACUAAUAGGACUUCAAGAUGAAGAUAAGUUACGAAAAUUUAUCGAUAAAGUUUUGAGAGAACAUUGCGAGGUAGCCGAAAAAAAAGAUGUGAAAAAAGCUAAUCCAAAAUGA